AUGGGGAAAAUUCCCGUAGAAAUGGAAAAUAAAUAUGAUUGUUCUUAUGCAUUUUCUAUGUUAGUAUCAGAUAGUAAAAUUUCUGAUUUAUGGAAACUUGAUACUCUUGGGAUAUUAGAUCCUUCAGAAAGUCAAACUAAAAGGGAAUUAGAAAAACAAACAAUGACACAUUUUCUUUCCAAUGUGAAAAGAGAUGAAGAAGGAAGGUUUCAAGUUUGUUUACCUUGGAUUGAAAAUCAUUCCCUACUUCCAAACUAUCGAGAAAUAGCAGAAAAGAGAUUAAAGAGCACAGUGAAGAAUUUAAGGGAUGGGGGAUUUUUAGAAGAUUAUGACGCAAUUUUUAAAUCUUGGGAAGAUGAUAAAAUAAUAGAGAUUGUUCCUGAGGAAGAAGUUAAUAACCCCUCUCAUUAUUUACCCCAUCGUGCUGUUAUUCGAAUGAAUUCCACCACGACAAAAAUAAAACCGGUUUUCAAUGGAUCCAUAAGAACUAAAGGAUCACCUUCCAUAAAUGACUGUUUGGAAAAGGGUCCAAAUUUGAUUGAUACUGUUCCAGCUAUAAUAAAUAGAUUUCGACUGGGAAAAAUUGGCGUGAGCGCUGAUAUUAAGAAGGCUUUUCUGCAGAUAGCACUUAAUCCUAAAGACAGAGAUUAUUUAAGAUUUUUAUGGUGGGAACAGGGAAAUUCUGAGCGUUUGAAAAUAUACAGGCAUAGAAGAGUGGUCUUUGGAAUAACCAGCAGUCCAUUUCUCUUAAAUGCAACACUAACGAAAUUAAUGAAUGAAGUACCAGAAAAUUAUCGUGCGAGUGCUAAUAAAUUAGUAGAAUCCUGGUACGUUGAUAAUUUAGUUACAAGUGUGAAUGAUGAAUCAGAAUUAAAGAAGUUAAAAAAUGAUGCCACUGAAAUUUUGGCAAGUGCUAAAUUUGAAUUACAAGAGUGGGCAUAUAACUAUCCUCGAAAUAAAAGGGAUGCAUUUGUUGUUGAACCCAUUUUAGAACAGUCGAAGCUUGAUAAAUUAAAUGAGAAUGAGUUUUUCGAUGAUCCUUGUGAAGCUAAAACGGUCAACAUUUUGGGACUUCUUUGGAAUUUGCAUGAUGACACAUUAAGUUGUGAUAUUAAGGGAUUAAAUGAAUCAAAAAACAAACCUGUUACUAAAAGAACAAUUUUGUCUGAAAUUCAUAAAAUUUAUGACCCUAUUGAUUCACCUGCCCUAUAA